AAUGCCGCCCCGACCCUUCGUGAACGACGCACUAUGGCGAACUCUCUGUCCGAGAUGGACUCAGGUUCCCAUCCAACGGAAAAGUGGUCUCCUUGGCGCCGCGAAGAUCUCUCCGCGACCUUCACUUUGCUCCAGUCCAUCACAGCAACCUUCGCGCACGUAUAAUUCAGCCGCUGCUGCCAUACCGAAUGCAUCCCUUCCUCCGACCGUAUACAGCGUGCCAGAUGGGGGCAUUCGUCGUCGUCCAGGCGCCGGCCGAAAGGAGAACAAACACCGUGCUACCGAUUUUGUAAACUUCUCCAACGAGGAACUCUACGAUCGGCUGCGCAUCGAUGCCGCGAAGGGGCUCCAUCAAGAAGUCAUGAACAUGCUUAGAAUCCUGGUCAAGGACAGGCGGGAGCGACCGAACCUACCCAUGUACACGGCUCUGCUGCACUCGUACGUCUCGCCGGAAUGGGGUACAGCAGGGAAGAUACGCAAAACCCUGGAAGAUAUGGCGGCUGCAGGCAUCGAACCGGGCCCGCGCGCCUGCGAAUGUGCCCUCGAGGCUCUCGCCGUACACCCCGAUUCCUUCUUGCGCGAGGACAUCUUGAACUACAUGAAGGAAAGAUGGUGGACCCCGACGCCCACGGCGCAGUGUUAUAUCAUUGCAGGGCUGUUAAGAGAACGAUGCUUUGAGAUGGCGCUGGAACGUCUGGAGAAUAUGCUCAAUGAAGGUACAAGGGUUGACGCUUGGUUAUGGGAUAAAGCGAUAUGGAUGUUGCUCGAGUUUGGCGAGGUGGAAGAGGCGUUCCAUGUGUUGAGCCUCAAACGGAAGACGUCCAAUACUGUCGAUUCCGGUUUGAGUGGCAUUUUGUGGUCGCAGCUUCUCGAUGUGGCUGGCAAGAGACAAAUUCCCGAGGCUGCGAGCAUGAUAUGGUAUUCCCACGUCAUAACCGGCUAUCUCAAGCCAACUACAGGGACGUGCCUCAAUGUUCUCUCAGUUGCCGCCCGCGCAGGCGAUGUCAAGCUCGCUACAGAUGUCUUCCGCGUGCUCGCUGAGCGCAAUGCCGUGUUUAACCACCACCACUACGAGGCACUGAUACAGUGUUACCUUGUAGUAAUGGAUCUUCCCGCGGCGCUGAGUGUCGUCCUCAUCAUGCAGGAAUCGAGCCUCAAGGUCACCGAAGAGCAAUUGCAUCCCUUGUUCGCAUAUCUGAGCAGAGACAAAGAACGACCAAUGAACGCGUUCAUGCAGCUGCAAGACCUAGAGCGCUCGGGUCGGAAGAUUCCCACCGCUGCGGUAAACGUCUGCAUAGCAGCCUCCAUCAGGCUCGGCAACCUGCAGGAAGCGAUCGAGUUCUACAAGGCACUAAAAACCGUCGCAGUAGCCGGUCCCACAACUGCGACCUUCAACGAGCUCUUCCGCGGCUGCUACCGCAGCGGCCGUAAAGAGCUCGCCAUGUACCUGGCCAACGAGAUGGUCGAGCUCGACAUACAACCUGACCGCAUAACGUACGACCGACUGAUCUUAACGUGUCUCCACGCAGGUGACAUCGACGAUGCCAUCAGCUACUUUGAAGAGAUGAGGAGCGAAGGCAUGCUCCCGAGACGCGGAACACACGAGGACCUUAUUGAACGUGUGCUAAAAGCACGCGAUGCGAGGUGUGUUGCGCUGUUGAAUUGGUACAAGACGGCUGAAUAUCGGGUGGAAGCCCGUCUUGCGACUUUGCAAAGGCUGGUUUUCAGGCAUUUCGAAGAGGGCGGCGAGAGGAAGAAGAAACUUAGCGAGGACGAAAACGUUCGGGAUGGGUUUGAUGCGAUAGAGGGGAACCGGAAGGGUGAUCCAGAUUCGGCGUCUAAGAAACAGCAGAGUGCGCAGAGUGCGCUCGAGGCGUUGCAGGGGGAGAUGGCAACGACACCCAUCAGCACUGAAACGAAGACUGAAGCUGCUGUGCAGAAGGACGACAACAGUGGCAUAAAUGAUACUUCGGCGGCGCUGCCUAGGGACGCCAAACCAGAGACCAAGUCACAACCCGAGUCUCAGACGAGCAGUGUUCCGGACUAUACCAGGUUCAAUGCCUAGAUAAUAGGACAUGAUCCACCACGAGCAAUCCAACUGUCUCUUGCAUUGUCCCAUACCCCAAAACUAUCCCGCCCCAAAGUCAUAAGACGCUGACACAUCCGUCCCCCAGCGCUGAUUCACUAUCCGCGCCUUAGCGGCCCCCACUCUCCCUUUGCGAGCUUGAGGUGACGCCUCACCGGCCCGUGUCUGACUUUUCGAAAUGUGACAAAGCAACUAGUACGACAACACAAAUAUUCAUCCUACUCUUUAUUCGUGGAGAAGAUGCUUCGUGCCACCAAUCCUCGCUUCUCUCGGUCGUAAUU